UACAUAUGUGCCUCCUUCUUAGAGUAUAUAUGCCCCAUAUCAUAUAUCUCUUUGAAUAUAUAUCCGAUAAUGGCAAAAGAGAGUGAGAUGAAGCUUCUUGGAACCCCAGCAAGUACAUUUGUUAACCGGGUUCAGUUUGUUCUCAACCUCAAGUCCAUUGAGUAUAAGUUCAUUCAAGAAAAUCUGUUUUGUAAAAGCGAGCUCCUUUUGACAUCAAACCCGGUUCAUAAAAAAGUUCCGGUCCUUAUUCAUGGAAACAAACCACCCAUUCCAGAGUCUCUUAUAAUCAUCGAGUACCUUGAUGAAUUGUAUCCAGAUACCCAUCCAGUCCUCCCUUCCGACCCUUUUGAUCGGGCUGAUCACCGGUUUUGGGCAUCCUACAUUGACAACAAGUUUUACCCCUUGUAUGAAGAGUUGAGGCGAUCUCCAGAGGACGGAAAAGAAGCCAUAAAGAAACAAAUCAUCGAAAAGUCGCAAGUAUUGGAAGAAGCAUUUGUGAAGAUUAGCAAUGGCAAGGACUACUUUGGUGGAGAUGAUAUAGGCUAUUUGGAUGUGGUGCUUGGAUGUUUUAUUGGUUGGAUUAGCAUUUUUGAAAAGCUUCACAAAUUCAAGGUGUUUGAUGAAGCUACAACACCAAGGCUUCAAGAAUGGGUAAAAUGUAUAUGCUCACAUAAAGCCAUCAAAAGUAACAUCCCAACUCAGGAAACACUCACCAACAUAUAUUUGUUGCUUCAAAAAUACAAUCCAUAGAUAUUAUUAACUAAGUUUAUAUUUAAUUGGCCGAUAUAUAUAGUGUCAUCUAGCUAGCAUCAUUGUCUUUCAAUCUGAUUUGAAACAUGUAUUUUGUUUAUAUAUUGAAUAAAUAAAGAUCACGUGGUCUCUUUUAAUGAGGCGUUAAAAGAGAAGUUUCCAGCGUUGUUUAAAUUCGAAAAGGUUAAAAGUUGUAGGGUCUGCGAUAGAUAUAAUGCUGAGACCGAAAGGUGUGGCCGGAUGUACGGUCUUGUUUUCUUGAAAA